UAAGAUGGAAACGUUGUGAUUACAGCUAUAAAGGAAGGAGCGGGAUUCUUAGAGUAUUCGGCUCGGUAUAUUUGUUUGUAAGAAUAUUAGAUAGCUCGGCAUAUAUAGUCUGGCAAUUAAUUCUUGGAAAUUUUAUUAUCAAUUAUUACCAAGAUAAUAUAUUUGUGGUAAACUGUAAACAUGUCUGACGAGAAGAAGGAAACUAAAACAGAAUCGGAACACAUAAAUUUAAAAGUACUGGGACAGGACAGUGCAGUGGUUCAAUUUAAAAUUAAAAAACACACACCACUCAGAAAAUUAAUGAAUGCCUACUGUGAUCGUGUGGGCCUAGCGAUCGCAGCAGUAAGAUUUAGAUUCGAUGGGCAACCAAUAAAUGAAUUAGAUACGCCAACGACUCUUGAAAUGGAAGAAGGGGACACAAUAGAGGUUUAUCAGCAACAGACAGGAGGAUGGUGUUGAGAUUUAAGAUUGUCCUACAAUAGUUUAAAAAUGGACUUGAUAAAAAAUUUUUGUUCCAGUGCUUUUGAUAAAGAGACGUGAAUUAUUUUUAAUCUUUCCUAACUCUACAGAAUGCUUUGUUUCGUAAUAUAAUGUGGAAAAGUUGUUUACACUUUUUAUAUACAUCAAACUCUAUACCUAGAUGAUGUUCAAUCUGUGUACUUGUUUUAUCUAUAGAGUAUUCUUUUUCUAUAAGCAUUUUAUAUAAUUUCAAAUCAUAUAAUAAGAUUUAAGAACUUAAUAUUUUUCGCAAUGUAUUAUUACACAGAGUGUUUCGUUAUCUUGCCCUUGUUUACAAAUUUUGUUAUUUUAAAGAAACAAAAGAAAAUCUACACCAUACAAACAUAUAUAACUAACAAGAUAUAAAAUUUUUUGUAAAUGGUUUUCACAGAAAGUUAUAACGCAAAUUCGUUUAAUAAAUUUCAUCUUAGGUAUUUU